GGGAGUGCCCGGCCCGGCCGCCCAGCUGGAGACGGAUUCAGUCCGUGCGGGCUCUCCACCUAGCCGGAGCGACGCUUGGCGGUGUGGACGCGGCGACGCGCCUGCCCUCGGCGGCCGGACGCGCCCUGCGCUCGGCUGCGGCCACCCGAGGCGCUUCGUCCCGGGAGCGCGCCUGGAAAAGCCCAUUUCACCACGAGGGGCUCGGCCAUUGCACGGGCCCCCAAGCCGCGGGAGGACGGCGGAAGAGGGCUGAAAGCUGACCUGAGCUCUCCUCCCGCGGGGAGAGGGCGCCGGGACGAGGAGGGGAAACAGGGAGGCGUGCGACGAAGCUCCGCUCACGGCCCGCGGUGGAUCCUCCCGGCCCGUCUGCGUCUGCGGGCUGCGAGAUGCGCGACGAGGCCAAAGGCUUGCUCGGCGGCGGGGGCGGCGGCGGGGACGGCGGCGGGGGCGGCGGCGGCAGUGGCGACGCGGGCCUGGCCAGCGCCUCGGCGCAGGGGCAAGCGGAGACCGUGCGGCAGCUCCUGGAAGCCGGCGCGGAUCCCAACGGAGUCAACAGCUUCGGCCGGCGCCCGAUCCAGGUCAUGAUGAUGGGCAGCACCCGCGUGGCCCAGCUGCUGCUGCUCCACGGCGCCGACCCCAACUGUGCCGACCCCGCCACCCUCACCCGCCCUGUGCACGACGCGGCCCGGGAGGGCUUCCUGGACACGCUGGUGGUGCUGCACCGAGCCGGGGCGCGGCUGGACGUGCGCGAUGCCUGGGGCCGCCUGCCCGUGGACCUGGCUGAGGAGCGGGGCCACGGCGCUGUCGCCCGGUACCUGCGCGCAGCCGCGGGGGACUGAGGGCGGCUACCCCCAGCCGCCCACUACGUUUCUCCCCGGUUCCCCACCCCCAGCCCAGUUGAAGGGAGGCUACAAAUGUGGAGCGGCGAAAGCCUGAAAGCCUUCCAGGAGACUUGAAUCACGGUGGGGAGAAGCAGCAGACCGCGAGUAAGUUCGCCUUUUUUUCUUUUCUUUUUUCUUUUUCCCUGGAUCCCGCCCUCACACUCACCGUGCAGCCAAACGCAGAGGUGAUGCAGAAGGACUUCCAGAGAGAUUUAGGAGCUGGACGAGAAGCUCCGGGGUGUUGUCGUUCACUUUGCAGGGUUUUCUGGCAAAAACCGGCCAGUUAAGUCCCUAACAACCCCAGGUGCCUGCCAAAUUCCACGGGACAGACGCUGGCGGCAGAGUGGCAGGCGGCGGCCGGCGAUGAUUGGAUGAUUGGCUUCUGAGUGAGAGGCAGAUGAUACGUUUGCCCCACGGAUCUUGAAGGAGCGUUCUGGAAACCCCUGCUUUAAGCUUUUAGGCUCUGGGGGGCUACAGGAAAGCUGAAGACUGAGGAGACGGUAAGACUAGGACAAGGAAGACGAGCUGGACAGUAGACUUGGGCAUCAGCAGGUGCCCAAGCCUUUACAUGCUGUGUGUUGCAACGUAAGUCACCUUUGAAGCGCUGCUCGCGGAAAGCCCUGGGAGCUUGGCGCCCAGCUCCACCGGGUAGUGACGGGGAAAGGAGGAUGCCAAAGCCACCUGGAAUUUCCCCACAUGUUCUGACAGCCCUGAGUCAAGAAGUCCCAGAACAGCUCUUGGAGAGGGGAAGGUGCUCGCUGUUUGUUACUCAGACGAGGGGAGAUUCUUUGGGAGUUCCAGAAGUCAGCGCCCAGGAUGACGUGGUGGAUCUCAGCGAGAGCAACUGUCGCCAUUAACUGUAACAAUUUGCUCCAUCUAUAUAGGAUAGGACAAAGAAACCCCCCUGUAAGAUGAAAAGAUUUCGUGAUACUUUGUACUUUUGAGUUGUUCUUCGGUAACACUGGGGAGGCUUUAGAUAACAAAAUAACUUGUGCUCCUUGGUAAAGAGGUGAGAAAGAACUACAGCUUUUAAAUCAAGCUCUGGCACAGUGCCAAAGCCUUGACCCAUUCAUCCUUCACCUAUUUAUUUCUUUGUUAAAUUUUGUGACACUAAAACAAAACAAAACAAAAAAAUUUGUGACACUUUACUGGGUGUCUCAGGAGGUCAAAGUAUGAAAUAUUCUAAAUAUUUUUUAGAAAACCAAUGCACUUACCCAGUAAAUUAUCUCGGAGUAUUUCCCAAAUGGUUGCUGGAAGAGUAAACUGAGUAUGAAACUGUUGAAAAUACAUGAUGAUGGCUCACGGAAUGUCUUCAUAUCUGCUGAACAAACUAAAGGCACACUGCUUUGGGAUUUAAUGUCCAGUGUUUUUCGAUUCCUUACAGCAUUGGAACAGCUGAUACUUCAAUGAUUUAAUAAAGAAAAAGGAAUAGAUUGGACUCCAAGAUGUGGAUAAUUUGGCUUAAAAAUGUAUGAUGUGGAUUUAAUACUAACUCCUGAGAAACAUUAAAGACUCAAACCGGUUCACAUCUC